AUGAUGGCUCUCAUGGUUGCCGUAUACGUCUUGGGGUCUAUCCCCAAUGCGUUGACGUAUAUGUUUCGACCCGAUAGUCAUUCAACUUAUGAGAAUUCUCAUAUCCCGACCCGAUACAAUCUUAUAGAGGAUCAAGGUGACAGUGGUUCUUUCUGGUUAUGUUCUUUCUUGACCUCUACGACUGGAAAGCAAUAUUUGGCCCUCCAGCAUAUCUUAGGGUCCGCUGGUUAUUCUUCCAUCUGCAAAUCUUUUCUCCCCGACCUUGAAACGAAAAGUUAUUGGAACAACCUCACUACUUGCGAACCAGUAUCCCAUUCCUCAUCUAACCCUAUUGAUAUUCAUUUGGGCAGCUAUGGAUUCGGGGCCACAUCCGAAGACAAGAUAUCCUCUCUGCACGCAUUUAAUAGUGUUAAAGACUAUUCUUACGAUCUCACCUUCGAAGCGAAAUCCAAGGUGCUACUAAAUGGUGGCAAUGGGGUUAUCACAUUCGGGCAAGGUUUCACCAACUCUACUGAGUGGGCCAUUCCUGCAUUGAAGACGAAUGGAACUUUCAGUGUGGGAAAGGAAAAGCUCCAAGUGGAUGCUGCCAAGUCUUUUACUUGUAUAUGGGCUUACGAUCUUGCCGCCCCAGCUGUUCCUACCGAAAACAGGUUUGCUACUAUUCGGUUUGGCGAAGAGGCUCACCUUGCCUUGCCCUAUACUUUGAUCGCAAGUACAACGAACGUUUGGAGAUCUGAUCAUAGGAAUGUUACCUAUCCGCUCAGCUGGACGUUCAAUUUCGAGAAUGGCGAUAGGCUCGAAGUUGAUUCGGUACGGGGAGAUCAGGAGAUUUACGGUGGAGAGCAGAUCGGAAAUACUGUGUAUGCUGGAUUUAUUGAGGCGAAGGGCAAGUUUCUCGGACAGCAUGCCGGGUUUGGCGUGGUUGAGAUGAUUCAACUCUGGUGA